CCCCUCUCACAACCGCUAAUCUCGGACGACGGUCGGCAGGAGGAGACACGGGACGAGAAAUCAGAGCAUCCCAAUGGAGUCUACGCUAAUCACGAGAUUCUCUCCCCUCCUCCCCUCUGCCUCCAAGUCCAGACCCCUCUCGUCUUCCCCCCUCGCCGGAGCUCGCCGCGUCGCAUCCAUUUCCUUCUCCCCCAGCAGCGUCUCUGGCGUCUUGCGUCCCCGCGGUGGCGUUACCUCGUCGGUCACCGCCGCCGCCGCGGCGCUCGGCGAUGCGGCUGAGCCCGCAUCCGAGGCCAUAUUGCUCAGCGUCCAGGGCAUGAUGUGCGACGGGUGCGCUUCCAGUGUGAAGAGGAUUCUAGAGGGUCAGCCUGAGGUAACUUCUGCUACAGUUGAUUAUAAGGAAGCAAGGGCUGUCGUGUGGACAACUCCUGAGGUCAAGUUGACAGAAGAUUGGCAAAAGCACUGGGGAGAAAAACUUGCAGGUCAUCUUGGCACUUGUGGAUUUCAGUCUAGCCCACAAGGACAAGGUGAAGCCUAAUGAAGACGAUUCCAAAUCUCGCUAGUGCUGCAGAUGAGCUAUGAUGUUGACCAGGACGGGGCACCUGAAUGAACCACAGAUCUCAGAUGUGUGAGGCUGUGAGCGUCUCCAGGAAAGUUGCUGGCGCUCUAGAGUUCUGCAGUUGUAGAUUACAUCGUUUCUGUGCUGGGUGUUAUAAGCAGUGUAGCUUCCCUUGCUCAUAAACUUCUACUGAAACAUCCCAUCAAACGUACUGCAAGUCACUACUAUAUGUCAGGGAGUUUCACCAAAUGUCCAAUUAUGGCCAACUGAACUUAGAAUGAAGUGUGUACCGUUAUGAAGAUUUUAUAAUUGAAAUUCUUUCUUGCUUA